CUGUCAACGUGUCACAUCUCUCGACAAACGUUCAAUUAAGUUUCUAAAUUUCCUUCUCGCCCACCUGCCUUCACACUCUCAACAAUUGUUAUCUCGCCAAAUUUGUCAAUUCUGUACCUUCUCCCACUGUGAACUACUUUUUGUUGCAUGUUGUAAUAAACUGAGCCUUCUCUAAAAGUACAUCUGUAAACGUUUAUAACCAGUUAAGAUAAAAGCUGAGAUUUUGAUUAGAGUCUGCAUUUUUAUUAGAAAAAGCUGCAAACUUUUCUAAAAUGGAGAGCCUGUUUGCGGAAUCACAUGGAACAUUAGAACAAAUAAAUACCCUAUUUAUACAACUGGAGAGGCAUGUAGGUCAUUCAGAGGAGGUUCAGAUUGAGGAAACGAUUCAUAAGAAACUGGAGAGUAUCAACAAAAUUUUUGACCGGUUAGAGGUGUAUGUAAUGAAGGAACCACCAGCAAAAAGACAAGGGUCCAGAUUAAAAUUGAAUCAAAUGAAAUAUGAUGCUACUCACCUUAACGCUUCAUUAAAAAACUUUCAACGUCGUAGGUAUGCUAGGGAAAGAGAAAAUUCCGAAAGAGAAGAUUUGCUGAAUAGGAGGUUCACCACAAAUAGUAAUGAAGAUACGAGCAUUAGCAUGGAUUAUUCUAUCCAGCAUCAUAACCGUCUUGAGAAUGCUAAUCGAGGAUUGGAUGAUAUGCUUGACCAAGGUCACAACAUUCUAGGAAAUUUACGAGAUCAACGGGAGACAUUAAAAAGAACGCGGACAAGAAUGAUGAACUUUUUAAAUACUUUGGGGCUUUCUAAUUCCGUAAUGAAUCUGAUUGAACGAAGGGCGUACCAGGACAAGUUUGUUUUGUACGGUGGAAUGCUCGUAACCCUCUCCAUCAUGUUUUUGAUCUACAUGUACUACAUUUGAUUACGCAAUCAAUUACUUCCUCUGCCUACUACAGAUUCUGAUAUUAUGUGUAUAAUGUGUAUCGCAUCGCGCAAGAUUAUUUAUGUCGUCGUCGGAACAAUAAAAAGACCAAGUAAAACACUAAAUAA